AACGAUUUUUUCGAAGAUUGCGGCGUUUUAUUAAAGGAGAUUUUCUCGGAGUUGCAGAAUUCAGUCGUGUACUAUGGCUUUACGAAACUGUCUUUUGUUAACAAGGAGUGCGAGAAACUCUGUUUUUGGGGCGAAGCCUGAAAAUUUUCUUCCGUCAUGUCGUCUGCUGCACAGGUGUAGUCUCAAGGUCGACGCACCGGGACAGUUCUACUCGCUAACAUUUCUCAAGGAGCCUUCGAGAGUCCUUAACUUGGGUUAUCGCUUUUCUUGUAGAAGAUUGGCUACAGAUUCAGCCGAGCAAAAGAAGGACGGGCAACGCUCAGGGAAGAUCUGGCUUCAGACCAAGCGAGAUGACUCCGAUGUUGACCUUGCCUGGCCUAACGAGGCAUGGUCGGAUGUUGCCAAGGACAUUUUCCACCAGUUGAAUGCUGGGACGGAAAAUGGCGACUGGAAGCGUCACCCUAGCUACCUCAGGGCGGGAGAAAGGCGUCUGUUUUCAAGGAACAUUGCGGAACAUGGGAAGGGGUUCGAGUAUGCCGUGUUUGUCAAUAAGAGAGAACAGAAGGCAGUAUGUGUGUGUCAGUUUGGACCAUAUUUGGAAGGACCACCAGGCUAUGCACAUGGGGGCGCUGUUGCUACAUUGCUUGAUGCAGUGAUGGGUAUUUGUGCAAUACAUGUCACGGAAAGCGUGUCAUUGACAGCAAACCUCAACAUUAACUACAAAAACCCCAUCCCCCUGGGAUCAACUGCCCUGUUCCACGCCAAGUUAGACAGACAGGACGAUCGGAAGAGGUACAUAUCUGCGUACGUCACUUCUGCCGAUGGCCAAGUCAACCUGUGUGAGGCCACCGGGCUUUUUGUGAAACCCACGCGAGAACAGAUUGAGAAAGCGAAGAACCGCCUAUCUCAACAUACUCACUCUGACAAAGUUGUAGACAUAUAGGACAUGAUAGGGUGUUGCCAUGUCAUGUGGAGGCCAUGGCACUUUUUGUCAAACUCUCACAAGAACGGAUAGAGAAAGCAAAGAACCAGCUACCUCAAAAGGCGUAUUAAAAACUGUAGUCAUAUAGGACAUGAUACUCAGAGACUGCUGCUGUGCUGAUUGGUUACACAUAGAUGUUCCCAGAUACAUGUACUUUAGGGGUGGCUAACAUCAUAGCCAAUACAAAUUUGAUGUCAGUUACCUUAGCUAUAUGUUAUGUAUUUCAAAAAGUUCAAUGACGUAUUUUUUAAAGAUGCACAGAAGUGAGAUAUGUGCAUGAUUUUAAAUUCUGAUGAUGAUUUUAAAUCUGAUACAAUAUUUAUUUACAAUAACUGUACAGACCCACUGAACUGUGUACACAUGCUGCGUAAGUUUUCAGCAUGUGCACAUGUAUCACUGUUGGUAUCAUUGUACAUUGAUAUAUUUCCCAGUAUGAAAGUGCAUGUAUUCUAUCAAGGUAUACCUGUAUAUGUUUAUUUUUAUUUAAUGCACUUUAUUACGACAAACACGACCAUAUACCAGUGCUGUUUGUUGAGAAAGAAAAUAUAAAUCCGAUUUCUCAUCUGUUUGUCGACACAUUGUUGUACUACUUAUGGUUUUCCCUUUGGGGUCUAGAAGGGGUAGCCCUACUAGGUAGC